UCAGGGUGGAUCCUGCUGGAGAGCGCUGGAUGGUCCCUGGUCUGAGAAAGUACUCCUGUGACGUCUCUCUGGACCCAAACUCAGCUCACAGACGCCUACUUCUGUCUGAGAACCAUCGGACUGUGACACUUGUGAAGAAGAGGCAGAAGUAUCCAGAUCAUGAGGACAGAUUCAUGAACUGGACUCAGGUCCUGAGCUGCACUGGCCUGAGCGGGCGCUGUUACUGGGAGGUGGACUGGAGCGGGGAGGCUGAUAUAGGAGUGAGUUACGAAGAGAUCAGUCGGAGCAAAGAGGAGCGGGAUUGUGUGUUUGGAGACAAUGAUCACUCCUGGAGUCUGAGGAUCUAUGAUGAUGGAGAGUAUUGUGUCUCUCACAACCGCAGCUCAACACGACUCCCCCGCUCCUGCCACUCAGAGAGAGGGGGCGUGUUCUCUGGUAAAGGGGGCAUGUACUCUGUUAAUGGGGGCAAGUCCCCUAUUAAUGGGGGUGUGUCCUCUGGUAAAGGGGGCAUGUCCCAUAUUAAUGGGGGUGUGUCCUCUGGUAAAGGGGGCACAUUCUUUGGCAGAGUGGGUGUGUUCCUGGACUCUGAGGCUGGAACUCUGUCCUUCUAUGACGUCUCCUCAGAUGAACUGUUCCACAUCUGGACCUUCUCUUCGUCCUUCUCUAAGCCUCUGUUUCCUGGGUUUGGACUGGAUAAAGAAGGUUCCUCUGUGACUCUAGUGAAAGAGAAAGACAAAACAGAAGAGAAACUGGACUUGACCCACGAUGAGGACACAGCAACGAGAACAAAAGAUAAAGAGAAAUAA